AUGCGGAUGGCGGCAUUGGCAUGGGACGCUGUCUCUCCACAAACCAUCCAGAACUGCUGGGUCAAGGCCGGCAUUCUCCCCAACGAUGUGAGCUGGGCCGCAGCAUUUGCCGAGUUGGAGUUGGAGAACCUCGAUCCUGAGGCCGAGCUGACAAAGGUUUUGGAUCAACUUGAAUCUCGCGGCGCUCUCCAGGCUUCCAACCGCAUCACAGAAACCGAGUUUCUGAAUCCACCUGACGAGCGUGUGAUGGGAGAUGCAGCGGAUUCGGAGAUCUUUGCUGCAGUCAUGCAGGCUUGCGAGAAUGAACAGCAGUCAGAGAUCAAUGGUGGAGAUGAUGGUGACAACGAAGGGCCCAACAAACCAUUGACAACACGUCCCGAGGCCCUGAAAGCGGUUUCGACUCUCCAAAGCUACAUUCAGAGCUUGGAUGGACCGUUUGCCCGACAGCUUGAGGCAAGCUUGGCGAGAUUUGGGAAGGAGACUCAGCGAGAGCUGACCGAGACCAUGGUUUCCACCGCAAUAACCGAUUACUUCACAUCCAAGUAG